AUGUCUUAUUACAGGGGCUCAUUACCUGGAGCCAAUAGAACUGCAGUGACUGAGUUUAUUCUAUUGGGCUUGGUGGAGACACCUGGGCUGCGACCAGUUGUCUUUGUGCUCUUCUUCUUUGCCUACCUGGUCACAAUCGGGGGAAACCUCAGCAUCCUGGCAGCCAUCUUGGUGGAGCCUAAACUCCACACCCCCAUGUACUUCUUCCUGGGGAAUCUGUCAGUGUUGGAUGUUGGGUGCAUCACUGUCACUGUUCCUUCAAUGUUGAGUCGUCUCUUGUCCCACAAGCAUACAGUUUUAUAUGGAGCCUGCCUUACACAGCUCUUCUUCUUCCAUCUGUUGGCUGGUGUGGACUGCUUCUUGUUGACAGCCAUGGCCUAUGACCGAUUCCUGGCCAUUUGCCGGCCCCUUACCUACAGCACCUGCAUGAGCCAGACAGUUCAGAGGAUACUGGUGGCUGUGUCCUGGGCUUGUGCCUUCACCAAUGCACUGACCCAUACUGUGGCCAUAUCCACACUCAACUUCUGUGGCCCCAAUGUGAUCAAUCACUUCUACUGUGACCUCCCCCAGCUCUUCCAGCUCUCCUGUUCCAGCACCCAGCUCAAUGAGCUGCUGCUAUUUGGUCUGGGUAUCCUCAUGGCAGGUGCACCUGUGAUUCUCAUCGUCACCUCCUAUGUCCAUGUGGCAGCUGCAGUCCUGAGAAUCCGUUCUGCUGAGGGCAGGAAGAAGGCCUUCUCCACGUGUGGCUCCCACCUCACAGUGGUGGGCAUCUUCUAUGGGACAGGUGUCUUCAGCUACAUGCGUCUGGGUUCAGUGGAGCCUUCAGACAAGGACAAGGGCAUUGGCAUCCUUAACACUGUUGUCAGCCCCAUGCUGAACCCACUCAUCUACAGUCUCAGGAAUCCCGAUGUGCAGGGCGCUCUGUGGAAGGUGCUCACCGGAAAGCGAGCACUGUCAUGA